AUGAAAAGGAGUAGAUUGACGAGAGAAGAGAAUGGUCUAUGGAGUUCGUCUUUUUUCGGAAAUUUUGCGGACGCUGGAUAUGACGACUGUAUUCUCGAUCAUCUGUUCACGGAAGGGUGCGACUAUAACGGAACUGACGAGACCAUGGAUAUGCUGCCAAAAGAUAAUGUUUUCAGUGUUUAUCAGGAAUGGAAUAAUGAUAAAGGAAGAAAAAAGAGGAUGAAUGCAAUUCAACGAGUUGUCAACAUGCUCGCGCCAUACAGGAUGUCGAGAUCGGCAGUGAAGACAAUUUGUGAUGUUGCGGCUGUUAUAAUCGAAAACAAUAUAACGAUUCGGGUCGAAACCGCCAAAAAUGGAAUGAAGGAAAAGAAAAAAGUGUUUGAACCAGCAUUUUCGCCAAAAUUCGAGUUUGUUACAAUGAAGUUUAAUGGCAAGCCACCGUUCAAAAAAGAAGCAAUAAUUGAUCUUCGAGAUAUAAUAAUGGACAAGAGCUCAAUUCAAAGGCAAAUUGGUACUGUUCUAAAUGAAUUGCUUUUAAGAACACUGGAAGACCACAACGCGCACCGUUACCUGACACUUCUAAAAAUUCCUAAGGCGAAUAAGAAAAAUCGAAAUUUCCAGGAAAUGGAUUUAGCUGUCCAAUAUUGGUUUUUAGAUUUUAUGUGUUUAUCUUUCGGAUUUCCUAAGCAUCUCCGAUACCCUACGUACACAUAUGAAGAUCUGAGAGCUGAGAAUCUGAACUUGGCUGCAAGGAUCGGUAGAACCGAAGAAGAAGGGAAAGAGAACUUUGGCAAGCUUAUUGAAGAUGUUAACAACUUCGCUCGGCUUGUAAAAGAUAAACUGCAAAGAAUCCUGUAA